AUGUCUGUCAACGUCGCCUCCCAGUCGCCGCAGGCUACCCCACGGCCCGCGCUCGUAUCCCUGCCGCCGGCGGGAGGGGCUCCCAAGACACAGCAGCAGCAACCGCAGGACCAGUCGCGGAAAAAGGCGCGCGAGGAGCGUCUGCUGCAGUUUGCAGAGGAGGAGCGCAUCGAGGACGAACGCGCCGUCCGGACGUUGCUCAGCCACGUUGUGACCCUGCCGUUCGACACGGCAAUCGAGUACCACGACCUCGACGGUCUUCUUCACAUGGCUGCGCCACCCGCCCACUUCGUUCGCCUCGAGCGCGAUGAGACAGUCCAAGCCCCUAUGUCGCCUCCUCGCUCGCCCUUCGUGAGCCAGAACGUCCCGCCCCUCGCACACGACGCCGCCACCGUCCGCGGGCACAUCAGCAGGCGCUACCACCCCCUGGGCACUUUUGCCGUCCCCAAGAGCCCUCGCCUCUCUGGUCAGCGCCCCGGUCCACGCCGCCGCGUGUCUGAGCGCAGCACGUACCGCUCGAGCCCCAACCUGUCCUCCGUCUAA